AUGAAUGCACUACUGAAAAAAGAAGCUUCGUUGCAGGCUCAAAUCGAUACAUUGCAGUCAGAAAUUGACGAGCUAGAGGCAAAGGCAGAUGUCAGCCAGCAUCAGCAAGGAGCACAGCUGUCCAAAGAGGAGCUGAAACAGUGCAAGGCGCCAGAAUGGUGUAUUCCUAUUAAAGCAAAUGUCAUGACAUUUGAGUGGGAUCGUCUAGCAGAAACAACUCAGUUUGAUGUGAUACUGGCUGAUCCUCCAUGGCAGCUUGCUACCAAUACACCCACUCGAGGCGUGGCUAUUGCAUAUCAGCAGUUGCCAGAUGUCUGUAUCGAAGAACUGCCUAUACCCAAACUACAGCAAAACGGAUUCCUCUUUAUGUGGGUUAUCAACAACAAGUAUGCCAAGGCAUUUGAGCUGAUAGAGAAAUGGGGGUACACUUAUGUGGAUGAUAUCACUUGGGUCAAGCAGACAGUGAAUCGACGCAUGGCAAAGGGGCAUGGCUACUAUCUUCAGCACGCCAAAGAGACAUGCCUGGUUGGGAAAAAGGGGCAGGAUCCUCCCAAUUGCAAGCACUCGCUCUCGUCCGAUGUCAUAUACUCUGAGCGAAGAGGACAGAGUCAGAAGCCUGAGGAGCUAUACCAGAUGAUUGAGGAAUUGGUGCCAAACGGCAGAUACCUAGAGAUAUUUGGGCGAAAGAACAACUUGCGUGAUUAUUGGGUAACAAUUGGGAAUGAGCUUUGA